UACAGGAGCUGCAGCCCGGGCCCGAGGCUUCAACUGGGCUGUGUGCCUGGACCACGUGGCGCGCGUCCUGCUCCGCGCUGGUCCUUCCGCCGCCCCUGGUGUCCGGGCGGCGGCAUCUGCUGUGGACUGUGCCCCCCUGGAGGUAGUGGGGGGGGCGGAAGCUCUGAAAUCGACCCGGGCGGCGUGUGGGAUGCCGCUCGGGGUCCUCCCCUCUCGGCCCGCAGUG